CAAUUCAGCCUCCAGUUGACUCUUUAACCAAGAUGGGAUUUAUUGAUGAUGUCAAGACUUCAUUGUCCAAGGCAGUGUUUACUCCAUCUACUCUGUUGUCUGGAUGCAGGGGUCUACACAUGGCUCAGGUCAGCCUCUCUGUGGCCACCUUCUUCCAGGGUUGUUUCAGAGGGGGCAGCAGCCACACCUACUGGAACUAUGCUAUGUUUUCCUGGGCUUUUUGCCCCAUAAUGACGCUCUUCAUCACCAUUAUUGAGAUGUUCAAGCUUGAUAUCCUCCUCAAAUUCUGCAUGGACUAGGCUGACUUCACCACAGGAGUGGCCAUGUCGUCCUCAUUGAGGACCGUCUCUGUCGCCGUCACUUACGCUAACUUCUAUGCCUGCUGGAAAUGCCUGUAUGGCUUGGUAGUGAGUGCGUUCGCCUUCUUGUGUGGCUUUGUCUACACCCUCGAAGUGGUGAAAGAUAAAUUCAUGGACAAGAAGAAAAGGACUUACUUGGCUGCUCUGCCUGGAUUCAUCAAGGUUCUGGAGGCUUUUGUAAGCUGUAUGAUUUUUGUGUCCCUCACUGGCUACAAAGACAAACCAGCGCUGAUCAUUUGUGUCAUAGCGUACAUCAUCCCUUUCCCCAUCCUCCCUCUGAUCAUAGCCACCAACAUCCUGAAGAAACUGAGGAGCUGUUUGCCCUUUAACCUGGACAGGUUUGUGUUUCUAUUCCUGGUGAUCUCUGUUCUGUUGUACCUGCUCACUGCUAUCCUGUGGCCGGUUUUCAUGUUCAGAAACAAUCCUCGUCCCAGUGACUGCCAGCCUAGCUUUUGUGUAUGGGCCAUUCAGUUCAUGGUGGCUUUUUUUUUUACAUAUGUCAAUCUCAUUCUUUUCACUGUGGAUCUCAUUUUCACUCUUCUUGGGAUCUGUGGCUUUAAACGCACGUAAAUGCUCUGUUACGUUUUUAUUUAGAACAUUUUCCUGUGUAUGAAUGCUACUAUUUGGAUACUUUAAUAUAUCAUGUUUGAUUAUUUUGCAUUUUAUAGUUUGUGAAUCAACACUUGAAUACUCAUUUUUGUUUGUUUGUUGUUUUUUUUAUGGAUGAUGGAAUUUGGCCUGGAAAAAUCAGCUCAAGCAUUUUACUUGUCUUUUUGUGGUUUCUAUUAUUUUUAACACCAGCAAAAAAAAAAUAAAUAAAUAAAAAGGAAAAGGUUUAAAUUUGUCUGACACAGAUGUGACUAAAACACACAUAUUUUGGAUCCUAUGCACUUUCCGCUACCGGGUCGGUAACGAGAUGGCAUCUGCUUGGAAUAGCAGCAGUCACCGGUCACUUUUUGAUCAUUUUUUUUAUCUUUUUAACAUUUAAAUGUUUGUUCUUGUGAAGAAUCUUGUGAUUUUUAUCUACAGA